AUGUUUUCGGUUCCAAAACCCAAUGGGUCGCACCGGCCUAUUCUCAACCUCAAAUCUUUGAACAAGUUUGUGAGAGUAUCCAGGUUUUGCAUGGAAACUUUGUGUUCCAUAAUUCUGGCCAUGGAACCUGGGGACUACAUUGUUUCCAUGGAUAUACAGGAUGCGUAUCUGCAUAUUCCUAUUGCCACUUUGCAUCAGAAGUUCCUGCGGAUUGCUUUUGUCAACCUACAUUACCAAUGUCAAGCUCUGCCAUUUGGACUGGCUACGGCUCCUCGCAUCCUUACCAAGGUCAUGGCCGUUAUGACUGCUUAUCUCCGUCGUCAGGGGAUGCUAAUCCUUCCGUACCUAGAUGACUUGCUGAUUCUGGCAAACUCACGGAAAGUUCUCCUCGGUCAUCUCCAUCUGACGAACAGACCUGUUCAUGUUCAGUCGGAUACUGCCACCAUGGUGGCCUAUAUCAACCAUCAAGGUGGCACUCGCAGCCGCAUAGCAAUGAUGGAAGUGUCCAAGAUUCUGCGUUGGGCAGAGUGCUAUCUACCUGCCAUAUCGGCGGUAUUCAUCCCAGGUGUACUCAACUGGGAAGCAGACUUCCUCAGUCGUCUGGAGGUUCUCGUCAGAGAGUGGGCUCUUCAUCCCAAGGUCUUUCAACAAAUGGUAGACGGAUGGGGUCUCCCGGACGUGGAUCUCAUGGCCUCUCGACGCAAUCACAAGGGGACAAAUGUAGAAGAGGAAGAGGAGACGUAUGUGAUGGGUUAUCAGCAGUGUAAGGAAGAGGAAAUCUCUACAGAUAUCAGCACAGAUGAAUACAACAGUGGUUAUACCUCACAGGGACAGCUGAUAUUCUCUGCAUAUUGUAAAAUAGAAGAUAAAGAACUCACACCAGAUCCUCCAGGAGAAACCCCCAUUUACCCAGUUAUACAUCCGGAUAAUCACAGUGCCAAUAUAUUAUCUAACUCCACUAGCACGGAGGAAUGCCCCCCUCAUCAGUCAACCAUUGUUUUACCUUAUAGUGGUCAUACUGGCGAAUUAUUUCCGUGCCCUGAAUGCGGGAAAUGUUUUCCACAUAAAUCAGAUCUUGUUACACAUCUGAGGAUUCACCUGGGCCAGAAACUAUUUUUAUGUGUUGACUGUGGGAAAUAUUUUACGCAUAAAUCAACUUUUGUAACACACCGGAGAACGCACACGGUUGAGAAGCCAUUUUCAUGCUCCGAGUGCGGGAAAUGUUUUGCCCGCAAGGCGAGUCUCCUUGCACACGAGGCAAGUCACACGGGUCAGACUCCAUUUUCAUGCUCCGAGUGCGGGAAAUAUUUUACAUGCAAAGCCAGUCUUAUUAAGCAUCAGAUGAUCCACACUAGGGAAUGUCCAUUUUCAUGUGCUGAGUGUGGGAAGUGUUUUCCACAUAAAUCAACUCUCAAAACACAUCAGAGGAGUCACUGGAGCAAGGGGCCGUUUCCGUGCUCUGUGUGUGGGAAAUGUUUUACACGGAUAGAUGGGACAAUUCACAUAAGCAAAUAUCCAUGAGCGGAUAUAGAUACAGGAUACCGGAAUUGCAAUACUACUCAGUAUACCAUAAAUAUAGUGUUUUAUUAAGCAUGAACACUUAUAAGGGUAUGUCCGCAUCACUGUGGAAUUAAGUGGAAUUUAAAGUCCCAGACUCGCAGAACAGAUUUGGCAUAAAUGAGAAUAACACGCAAUGCCGAUGAUCACAGUGAGCUGAGCGAUUUGUUUCUGUUGAAGUGUAGUGUAGUGUCUACAUCUAUCUCUGUGUUAGAGAAUAGAAGCAUAAAACGAAUAGUAGCACACAGGACAUAAAGAUAGUUGCUGACAGAAGCAUUUUAUCAAAGAAAGUCAAAUUGGUUAAUGUUGAAUGUGCAUAAAGGGACAGAUUCAACUAGCUGCAUGCAUUAGUGCAUGGGUUGAGCUCCUGGGUUAAUUGGCCAGAGCCAGUGGCAGAUCCAGGGUAAGGCAAUUGGGGCAAUCACCCCCUGUUCCACGGUAUGGCUGUGAUCUUAGUCCCCUGCUGUUUGUAAUCUCUGUUUGCUUUGCCGGGAUCAAAGGUUGAGAGUACAGGGAACGGUGUAGGGAGCAAUUAUAUAAAAAAGGGGGAAUCAAUCAUACUGGAAGCAUUAUAUACACGGGGGAAUCAUGCACACUGGGGUCAUAUUAUAUAUAUAUAUAUAUAUAUAUAUAGGGUAAUCAUGGACACUAGGUGCAUUAUAUACACAUUGGUAGCAUUGCAUGCACACUGAGGUCAUUAUAUACACACGGGGAAUUGCCCACUGGGGGAAUUGUAUACACAGGGUGGAAAUCAUGCACACUAAGAGCAUUGUAUACACUGGGGGUAUUAUAUACAUAUGGGGGAAUCAUGCACACUGGGGGCAUUAUAAAGAAGGGGAAUCAUGCACACUGGGGGCAUUAUAUACACACGGGGGAAUCAUUCACACUGGGGUUAUUAUAUACACGGGGGGACUCAUGCAAUCUGGGGGCAUUAUAUACACAGGGGGAUCAUGCACACUGGGGGCAUUAUAUA